CUGCUGUCUGUGCCGUAGUUGGAAUCUGAAUCUUGAACUUUCUGAGGAGAGCAUCUGAGCUUCAGAGUUCCUAUCAGGUUUCUUUGCAAGGAAAUAGACCAGCAGCUUCAAUCAACUGCAGUUCUGUCAUACCUCCAUGAUGUUUCCCUUGGUCAGAAAUGCACUAAGUAGCCUCAGGAUUCGAAGCAUUCAGCAAAUGAGGGCAAGACAGAGCCACUCAAAACACUCACCAGAUUUUCAUGACAAAUAUGGUGAUAUUAUACUAGCCGGUGGAACCGCUUUCUGUGUUGUUGUGUGGGUGUUUACAGCCACACAGGUUGGAAUAAAAUGGAACCCCUCCCCUGUUGGCAGAGCCACCCCAAAAGAGUGGAAUGAUGAGUAAGCAUCACAGUUACUGUAAUACACAAGUGUCUCAAAGUCAGCUUGUCAUUUCAGUACUCUGCUGUGCAUUGAAAUAUAGCAUAAUCGAAGA